UCAACCAGCCCUUAACCCAGCGCAAAACAACAUACAAUUACGUACGCUAGACAUCAAUCCCCUUACAUAUAUUGAAAAACUAAGGGAAUUUGAUGGGAAGAAGGAAGACCUCACAACAUUCAUAACAAAUGUAGAUGACAUAAUUCCUACAUUAAUGUUAUACAACGAACAAGCUCAAAGAAUGUGUAUGAACAUCGUAAAAUCAAAACUAACUGGAAACGCCAGAAGAGCAAUGGAGGUUCAUCCCCAUUUGACCCUUUGGACUGACAUAAAAGCGAUGCUAAAUACCAACUUUGGUGGCUUUGCCACUGUGGACCAAUUAUAUCAGGAACUGAGAGCAGCGCAGUAUAAAGGAGAUACUAUGGAUUUCUACAACCACAUCCAACACAAACUAGCAAUUCUUAACCAAAAAUGUGGUCAGGAGAAUCGAUUGGAUGAAGUCGAUAGGAAUAUCCAAACUGGUCUGAAGACUUUUAUAACACGUCUUCCAAUCCAUAUGAGGACUGUAUUAUGCGCAUUAAAACCACAAAGUAUGGAGGAAGCUUUGCAUGAAUUGAGCUCUGCGGGAUUCCUGAACAACGAAAAGAAGAAGGACAAACCACAACCAAGUCCCCAACAGCAACAUUGGCAACCAACGAUAAUGCAGCCACAUUACCAACAACAACAACAACAUUGGCAACCAAAAAUAAUGCAGCCACAUUACCAACAACAGCAACAUUGGCAACCAAGGAUAAUGCAGCCACAUUACCAACAACAACAACAUUGGCAGCCGAGAAUUGUACAACCAAAUUUCCAGCAACAUGGAUCGCAACAACCUUACUACAAGCCUCAGCAACCACAAAUCAGACAACAGCCUCCAACAUCAUAUCAACAAAAGCAUGAAUCAAUGGAUGUUGAUGCAUCUCAACAAUCAAAAAGGCAGACACACCACCAGGAGCAGAAAUCAUGUCUCUGGAAGUCCUUGCUGGCGAUUUUCUUGAUGAUAUCCCCAGUGGUAGCGCAGAAGCUCGAGGUAGUCGAUUUGAAUAAAGGCAACGGAUAUGCAAUGAUACAACUUAAUGACAAAAUGUUAAUAGAUGACUAUAUUAAAAUUCUUCACAUAUUUAACACCACAAAAUAUAUGGAUUUUUGAAUGAAUUGGGAGAGGAAGUUUCGCAUAUUAAUGAUUCAUUUUUAUCGCAUGAAAUCGAGCACAUACAUUUACGACUUAAAAGUAUUAUUCCCCAUCAAGCUAGAAAUAGAAGAGGUUUAAUUAAUCUUUUUGGUACAGGAUUAAAAUAUCUAUAUGGUACAAUGGAUAAUAAUGAUAGAGAAGAGAUUGAAAGACAAUUGCAAAAUUUGGAGAAGAAUGAACAUAAUAUAAUAACGCAAACUAAUAAUCAAAUACACAUAAUACACAAUUUGACAAUCAAUUAGCUAACUUAACAAAAUUAUAUAAUGACCAAACAAAACUGUUGAUUAAGAGCAUGUCAAACGUUAAAUCAAUUAAAGAUAACACAGCAAAAGCUGAUAAAGUUUACCGUCUUAAAUACCAAAUUGAUCAUAUGGGCAAAUUAUUAGAUAAAGUAAGAGACCUAAUCUUGGCUUCCAAAUUAAAUAUUCUCACUCGAGAUAUCCUGAGUGAUGAAGAAAUUAGAAUAUAUAAUAUAACCAUAGAUAAAAUGAAAGAAAUUAAGAUGAAUUUAGCCCUUUACAAAAUAAUAUAGUAUUUGUCUUAAAAGUACCCCAAUAUAAUCCUAAAAUAUUCCAAGAAGUAUAUAUUCAACCAAUACCUAAUAAAGAAAAAAUGCAAAUUAAUAUUGCAGAAAAAUUGUAUAUCACAAAAGAUAAUAAAAUUUAUUAUGAUGUUAAUGAAACACCAAAUCUAAGGGAAGUUGAGGAUGAUUGUAUAUCCAAUCUGUUUAAUUAUAAGCUCAUGAAAUGUCAUUAUAUACAAAAUACUAAACCAAAAGUUGUCGAAAUUGGCUUAAAUAUUAUAAUUGCUAUAAAUACUAAU